CAACCAAUUAAACAUGGCGACCACGGUGGGGUGUGGCGCUCACGCAUGCGCGCGGCCGCCACGGUAGGAAGAAGGGGAGAGCGGCGAUCGGCGAGACACAGGCGGUAGGGGGAAGAAGGAAUCGUGAGCGAACAGGCAACGACGAGAAGGAACCGGCCGGCGAGCAGAAAGAGGCGACGAGUAGUGCUUGACGUACGGUUUGUGUUGUGUGCGCGCUACCCGUCGAAACAGGCUCCAAGCGAGUGUACGCUUUUACGAGAGCAGGCAUCUCAGCGCGAACGAACAAGAGGGAGAGCGUCUGCUUCGCCACAGUGAUACCGUGGAGUGGCGUAGAAACCGCGAAUAAAAAGGCGGAAAGAGAAAGAGAGAAGGAGAAAGGGAGCGAGCGAGCGAGCGAGAGAAAAAGAGAAGGAAAAGGGAGAAAAACGCAGUGGCAAGAAUGACGAUGGCAACCGAGACGGAGAACAACGGGCCCGAGAGCAAGGAAAUUAAGGACGUGAAGGAGAUGAAAGAGGCGCUCAAGGACGACGCGCCGCCGGAUAACAAGCAAGAGGAGAAGGACGCGGCCAAGAAGGACGAAGCGGCCGGCAAGAAGGACGACGACGCCGCCGCCGCCGCCGCCGCCGCUGCGGCCGGCACGAACGCGGCGCCGGCGAAGGCCAGCACGGUGCACCACCCCGACUACGAGAAGGAUGUUGUUUACCUGUAUCAGUUCCCGCGUACCCCGCUGCUGCCGUCCCUGUCCCCGUACGGUCUCAAGGUGGAGACGUGGUUGCGACUCAACAAUAUCAAAUAUGAGAAUGUUGAUCACAAGAUGAAGUUCCGCUCCAAGAAGGGGCAGCUGCCGUUCGUUGAACUGAACGGCGAAGAGAUCGCGGACAGCACGAUCAUCCUGCGGGAGCUGAGUCAGAAGUUCGGCAAGGACUUGGAUGCCGGUCUCACGUCCGAGCAGCGGAGCGUAUCUCACGCCAUGAUAUCGAUGAUCGAGAAUCAUCUGGUCUGGGUGGUCGCCUGCUGGCGCACAAAGAAUCUGGAUCAGGUCCUCAAGGGUUACAAGGUCAAUCUUCAGCUUGCCCUGGGAUCACGUAUUCCCAACGCCAUUCUCAAUUUCUUCUUCAAGCUCACGUUCGGACGUAAGUUGGAUUGGUUACAGGGUGCAAGGAAAGUGAAGGCUCAGGGAAUGGGCGUGCACAGUCCGGAGGAGGUGUCCCAGUUCGGCUGUACCGAUCUCAAGGUGCUCUCGGACACGCUCGCCGACAAGCCCUUCUUCUUCGGGGACGAACCGACCACUAUGGACGUAGUAGCGUUCGCGCAUCUCGCUCAAAUCCUGUAUAUCGACAAAGACACGCCCUACAGCCUGCGAGACUACAUGCAAGAGAACUGUCCCAACUUGGUUGGCCAUUGCUCGCGCGUCAAGGAACGAUGCUUCCCGGAUUGGGACGAGAUCUGCUCCAGCCUGGACAUGAACACGCAUCUGCCCAAGCCUGAGAAGCAAGAGGAAAAAGAAGGCAAGGAAGAGGCGAAGGAGUCUAAGGAGUCCAAGGAGGAGAAGGAGGGAGACAAGGAGAAGGCGGAUAAGGAGGAGAAAGAAGUUGAGAAAGACAAGGAAGUUGACGAGAACAAAGAAAAAGAGAAGGAUGGCAAAUAAGCAGUCUCGUUGUAAAGGGAAGUAAUAAGCCGUUUCAAGGCGAUUUAAAGGCGAAACCGCAAACGUGUGCGAAGGCGAAUAAAUAAAGAUAGGGAGAGAGGAGCGGUGAUGAUGAUUGGCGAGAAGA